AGCAAAACCAAAUUGUUUCGUUUCUUCUUCGGUUUUUCUUCAUUUUCCUAAAGAAUACAGACAAUUAGGCCCUUUUUCGUGCAAUUCUUGGGGACACUUUUGGGUUUUGGACUAUAUUUAAACGAGGCUUAUUUUUGGAAGUUUUUUUUGUGAGAUUGUUGUUACAGCUCCUAACGCUUUACGCCGGUUGUAAUGUCAUUCCGAAGCCAGUCAGCUGAGGGACAGACCGGCAUUCAUCAAAUGGACGAGCAUAGUCCUCCUCCGGACACAGAAUUUGCUUCUAUAUACCGGAACUCUUGUCCAACAGCACCACCUCAUGCUAAUGAAGAAUUUCUUGAUGUCCCGAAAGGUUCAUCAAAAACAGUGCCCGUGGACACAAUAAAGCUUCCAAGAGACGAAGUCUCUUUGGAAGGGUCUCGACCUAUACGAAAGCAGAGGUCUUCUUUUAUGCAUGUUUCACAAGAAUGUGAUCUAGUGCGUCUUCCUACUUUUGCAGACGUCCCCCCUAACAAAUGGCACUCGUUGAUCAUUGAAAAACUUGAUCAGUGUUGUGUGAUCUUUGACUUCAAUGAUCCUUCUAGUGAUUUAUAUGGCAAAGAGGUAAAACGUGAAGCUCUUCAAGAUUUGAUUGAUCUUGUUUCUAUCCGAAAGGAGGCUUUUGACGAAUACAUUUAUCCCAACAUUGUUCAUAUGUUCAGUAUUAAUGUCUUUCGUCCACUACCUCCACCUUCGAUAAUAAAUGACAAUGAUGCAGUCGAGGUGGAGGAAGAUGAGCUAGCGCUCGAAGUUGCUUGGCCGCAUCUGCAUCUUGUCUAUGAUUUUUUCCUUCGGUUCUUCGAAUCUCCAAACUUAAAUACGUCCGUGGCCAAGGCCUUCAUUAAUCAGAAGUUUAUUCUCAAACUUCUAGAGUUGUUUGAUAGUGAAGAUCCUCGUGAACGAGAUUUCCUGAAGACAAUUCUUCAUCGGAUAUAUGGAAAGUUUCUGUCUCUAAGAGCAUUUGUUCGCCGCUCUAUAAACAAUAUUUUUCUUCGCUAUAUAUAUGAAGAAGAACGCUUUAAUGGUAUUGCCGAGUUGUUGGAAAUUCUCGGAAGUAUCAUUAAUGGCUUUGCUUUGCCCUUGAAGGAUGAACACAAGCUAUUUCUAAUUCGUGUUCUCUUGCCCUUACACAAGGCACGCUCUCUACCACUUUUCUAUCCACAAAUUGUAUAUGGUGUCGUUCAAUUUGUGGAAAAGGACCCCUCUCUAACAUGUGAUGUGAUCUAUGGUCUUUUACGUUACUGGCCAAAAGUAAACAGCUCUAAAGAAGUUCUAUUUUUGAACGAAAUUGAAGAUCUAAUCGAAGUGAUGGAGCCUUCUGAAUUCGUAAAGCUCCAGAUUCCGUUGCUUCAAAAACUGGCUAACUCGAUCUCGAGCCAAAAUUUUCAGGUUGCCGAGAGAGCCUUGUACUUGUUUAAUAACGACUAUUUUGUGCAUUUGGUUGAAGAAAAUGUUGAAGUUAUUCUACCCAUAAUGUACCCACCUCUUUACGAAAUAUCAAAGACGCAUUGGAAUCGCGUCAUCCAUCUCAUGGUUCGAAAUGUGCUGAAGUUAUUCAUGGAUAUCAACCCAGUUCUAUUUGACGAAAUUGAUUCUGAGUAUGUUGAGCUCCGUAGAGAGCGCGCACUCGAAGAAACUAAUAGAGCUACAAUGUGGAAAAAAGUUGAAGAGAUGGCCGAGGUGCAUAAAAAAGAAAACGACUCCGCUCAAGCAUCUUCCUUUCAGUCUGCUACGGACAAACUUCGUAGGCUUACCAUUAGUCCGGUGAACGAAGGUGAAAUUCUACCCUAAAAACAACAUUCAUUUUUCUGCUUUUUAGUUUAUGUGUUGUAGCAAUGAUAAUCAUGUUUAGUCUAUGAAUACAUUUUUAAGUUUCCUGUGUUUUGUUCGCUCGAAUUUUGUUUUGAAC